UUCUGGUGCGUCUCAUAAAUAUCAGCUGACUGGCCGACAAGCGGCGGCUUUAAGGAGGCUCCAGGAGACGAUGGGCGCAUAACGACAGAGAGAGAAGCUGUUUCUGUGUUUUUAUCUGUUUUUAUCAGGAUGAGCGUCAACAGCAGUGAGCGGCCUGACGUUUACUCCAAAGUCUCAGAAAGCGGCUCAGCUGUCAGCGACAGGACUCCGCUGUUAGGAAAUGGAUCGGUGCAGACCAGAGCUACUGGAGCCUCCUUCGCCUCCUCUGUGUUCAACCUGAUGAAUGCAGUCAUGGGCAGUGGAAUACUGGGUCUGGCUUAUGCCAUGGCCAGCACAGGGAUAGUUGGAUUUUGCAUCCUGUUAGUACUGGUGUCCAGCCUUGCAGCGUACUCCAUCCAUCUGCUUCUGAAGCUUUGUGACCAAACAGGUAUCAACUCCUAUGAAGAACUUGGAGAAAAAGCCUUAAAAAAACCAGGAAAAGUUUUAGUUGGAUUGGUUAUUCUCAUCCAAAAUAUCGGCGCCAUGUCUUCCUACUUGUUCAUCCUGAAGUCGGAGCUUCCUGCAGCCAUCAGCAGCUUCCUGAACACAGAAUACGCAGGAAAUGCCUGGUAUGAAGAUGGCAGGUUACUUCUCAUCAUCAUCACAGUUUGUGUAGUUGUGCCUCUAGCAAUGUUGCCCAAAAUUGGAUUCCUGGGUUACACCAGCAGCCUCGCCUUUAUCUUUAUGCUGUAUUUUACAGUUGUGGUUGUGGUGAAGAAGUGGUCCAUCCCUUGCCCCCUUCCUCACAAUGUCACAAUGCUUUCAGACUUCAAGAAGAUAUCAAAUGUGUCUGACUCAGAAUGUACGCCCAAACUCUUCAUCCUUACCGUUAAGAGUGCCUACGCCAUCCCCACCCUGGCCUUCUCCUUUCUGUGCCACACAGCCAUCCUGCCAAUCUACAGCGAACUGGAGCGACCAACCAAAGCCAGGAUGCAGAAGGUUGCAAACAUCAGCAUUGGUCUCAGCUUCCUGCUUUACUUUACUUCUGCACUGUUCGGGUACCUCACCUUCUAUGGUCAUGUAGCGUCCGAGCUGCUGCUUGGCUACGGAAGGUACCUGCCGCGGGACAUCAUGGUGAUGACGGUUCGGCUGGCCAUCCUCGUCUCUGUGGUGCUCACGGUGCCACUCAUACACUUCCCUGCCCGUAAGGCUGUGAUGAUCCUGCUGUAUGGAGGACGCCACUUCUCCUGGCUGACCCACAUCGUUUCAGCGCUGAUCAUCCUGAGCGUGGUGCUGAUGCUGGCCAUCUUUGUGCCUGAUAUCAGGAAUGUGUUUGGAGUUGUUGGAUCAACGAUGUCCAGCUGCCUACUGUUUGUUUUUCCAGGCAUAUUCUACCUUAAAAUCAGCAGCCAGCCGCUGAAAUCCGCCGACUCCAUCGGGGCUAUGUUUCUGGUGGUUUUUGGGUUGAUAAUGGGUGUUACCAGUCUCUCUGUUAUCAUUCUCUCAUGGGUGUUCAGCUCCUGAACCCGCUCCGACCAAAACCGAGACCAAAGCAGAAAAGAAAGGGAAAUGUGGACCAAAGAAACUGAAUUGUAAAAGGGAUCAGCAUCACCUCAGGGACUUUUAAUGAUGAACACUAAUCUUUUUGCAUUGUUUUUAACCUACAACAAACUUUUUCUAUAUGUUGACUUUUAAAACAGACAUAAUUUAGAACAAAUUUGUUAUUUUUUCUGGUUUUAAAGUUGAUUUUACUGUUCCAAAGCUGUGAUUGUGAUUAUGCACUUUAUUUAAAUGACAAUAAUGAUCUCCUUUUUUUUUAUUUCUCAAACUUUCUCUUAAAUAAUCCCAUUUUUCUCCUGAAAUCAUUUGAAUCUUUAUUCUUGUCUUUACUUGAUGGAUUUCUGCUCUUCUUCUGUCUGCAGACACAACAAAGAGAUUCAUUAUUUUUCAGCGGUGAGCAUUAAAUGAAAGGGAAGUUGCUUACAUAAAGAAACACGGGUUUGCUUGUUUAACCACUGAAAUGUCUUCAUCAGAACUCAUCUGUGUAAACAUGUGUUUUAUUGGCAGCAGCGGUUAUGAUGCUGAGAGCCACUCUUGUUCUUUGCUGCGUCCUGGCUUGCAGCUAAUGAAAGCCACACGCUCUGCAUGUUUCCAAUCACAAUGAUGUUUAGUUCGUCUUUAAGCUGCCUCUCAAAAGCUCAGUCAGACGUCAGUCUCCUGCUUUUAGUCUCAGAAAUUAGGCGACGCUGCAGAAAGCUGCAGCUGUUUGAGGAGGAAUGUUUACAUCCAUCUCCUUGUGGGACAGACUCACAGGGAAAGAUCAUCAGCUGCUUUCCAUGCUGGAUGUGUUCAAUACCAUCCUUGAUGUGGACCUGAAACUCUCCUACAUGUAUUUAUUUAAAACUGGAAUGAAUAAAGAAAUGUGUGAAAUUAUUAAAACUAAAUGAAACCACAAUAAAUUGCUUUUUCCACCUCU